AUGCCCCUGAUGUCAUGCUCGCCCAGUCCAGCAGAUCGGACACCAAACGGUCACCGGGGCCGAAAGCAGCACAAAAAAACAGUGCUGAUCAUACCACAACAAGUCGCGAUCGAGCCGAUUGUCUGGCCGGCGGAACUAACGCGACAAAGACACGGAAUUGAGCGGCAAAAGAUUUCCAGCGGUCCGGCAUCAAUCUUCGAUCUUACGUAUCUCUUCCUACUCCCGCUCGACAUCCGCCAUCACAUAUACCGUCUUAUGCUGCGAGAGGCUGGGAACCGCCAGCAUAUCUUCUGCCCAUCGGUCGCCCGUAGAGGGAUACCGCGCGAGCUGCAUCUCCGCUAUCUGCUAAGUCGGCCAUGCGGCGAGUCGACCAACGGUAGUUGCGGGCACUACGACUGCCUGAAGAAUGACAGGCAAGAAGAACGCCAAUCAAAUUCCCACUAUCUCGCCAAUUUUCUCCCUUUGAUGAGGACAUGCAAGUUUGCGUACCGCGAGGUUGCCCACUUCCUCUACAGCGAGAUCAACUUCACCUUCGCCAGCUUCGGCGAACUGAAGACGUUCCUCGACUGGAUCAACCCGGAAACGGCGCUGUCAAUCCGCUCCGUCACCUUCAUCGCCCACAUGCUGCCGGAGGGGACGGAACACUGCCAAGAGUUGAUCAAAGGCCACUACUUCCGGGGCACGGGGUGGGACCACGUCUCGCUGUUCCGGCGCAUGCCGAACCUCGCGUCUCUCGACAUCCGCUUCUUCCCCAGCAUCAUGCUCUCGUUCACGACCAAGUUUGCCGAGAUCAUGGAGCCGCUGAGGGAGCUGGCCAAGGACACGGCCAUCACGGUCGCGCUGCCAAGGAUGUACUACAAGAAGGAUAUGACUGGCCGGGGGCUGCCGUUUGUCCGCAACCUUGCCCCCGGCCGCGCGCCGUUCUAUGCACUGACGAGAGCGGUGGUUGACGUGGAGCAGGGAACGGCGGGCUGUGAGGCGUAUCCGAAAUUUGUGUAA